AUGGUCGGCCCACUCGCUGAAGGAAAAGACGCCCACCUGGGCCACUCCCUACCGCAGGUCCACGACCAUACUGGGAGUCCGGAGACCACGCUGCUUCCGCACCUGCACCACACACUGCCCUACGCGCUACCGCUCUACCGGCGCAUUCAAUUCGGGCACCACAGCCCGCACACCCGCAUCCUCGCCACCGUGCCUUCUUCUCCUCCUCCUCCUCCCCCCACCAAUGACGGUGGCGAACAAGACCGGAAAGCGCAAGAGCAAGAGCAAGAGCAAACGCUCCACCAAUGCUUCGCAGCAACCUUCAUCGACCGCUCCCGCCGCCCGGAAACCGAAAGCUGGGUCUACGUCUCCUGGGACCAUCCCUCGCACCACCUGCACCACCAUCCCUCCUCCUCCUCCUCCUCUUCCACGAUGACGACGAAGCCGCCGUCGUCCUGCACCUGCUCCUCCCACCUCCUCGCCCUCCUCUCGCACAUCGCCGCCAACACCGGAGACGACGCGGCGGCCGCCGUCCCCUACCCGCCCCUCACCGCGGCCGAGGAGUCGGACAUCUGGGCGGCGGUGACGGCGGCCGACGCGCGCGAGACGGCGGCGCGGUACCACGCGCACACGAGCACGUCGGCGGCGCGCUACCUCGACGACCUGCACGCGCCGGCGAUGCUCAAGGUCGGGUCGAUGCACGCGCGCGGCGUGGCGUGGGCGACGGGGCUGGGCUUCCUGCGGCGCGACGGCGUGGGCACGGGCUUCGCGUAUCGGAAGUAUGUUUUUUCGAUGACGACCUCGCAGCGGCGCGGCGGCGGCGAUGAUGAUGAUGAUGAUGAAAACGGUACGGCGGAGGGGGAGGAUGGGGGGGAGGGGGAGGGGAAAAGGAAAAAGAAGGAUGGGGAUCAUCAGAGGGUGAUGGGGGAAGGGGACUGGGAGGGGCUGAGGUGGGGCCGGUUGAGCGAGGAUGACCUGACGGUUACGAGGAGCAGGACGGCGAUUCCGAGGACGAAUCGCACGCUGAGGACGUUGCCUUCUGUGGCGGUCUUUGCGGAUGCCGUCGCCUCGGACGGCGGGCCGGAGGAGGAGGGGGAGGAGGAGAAAAGAGGGACGCAGAAGCAGAAGCCGGUGGCGUGGGCGUUUCUUGCCGCCGAUGGGAGCUUGUCGUCGCUGCAUGUCGAGCCCGAGUAUAGGGGAAAGGGUUUGGCAAAGGCGAUGGGCUGGAAGAUUUUCCAGGAGGGAUGGGGUGCCUUUGGGGACGAUUUGAAUGGCCUGGCGCAUGCGGAUGUGGCGUUGGAAAACGCGGAGAGCAACGGCGUUUGCAAGAGCCUGGGUGGCAUCGAUCAGGAUUGGCAUGUGUACUGGGUAAGAAUAGAUCUGGAUAGAGUGCGAGCAGUCGUGACAGCGUCGGCUUAA